AUGAGUAAUAUAGAGGAAAAGAAAGAUAAAAAAAAGGAUUUUUUACUAGAGGAGAAAACAGGUUUAGAAGCCAUAUUAGAAGAUUUAAAAUUAGUUACCUACAAUACAUUAUACGUACUCCUUAAGAAAGAAGAACCUGAAAGUGUCUACAGUUUAAUUUAUGCUACAGCUGCAGAUUAUAUUUAAAUGCUUAACUUUCCCUUUAAUCAGGGUAUCGGUCUAGCUUGGAACGCAGAUAGCUUUAUGAAUUGGUUGUUUAAUGUGUUCAACUUCUUUUAACUUACGAAUUACAUGCCAAUCACAUAUUUUAUGUUUGUUUUUACUCUCUAUUUAGUGUGCGCAUCAAUAUUAAUUGUCGUUAUAGAUAUAUUCUAUGUUAGCUACAAAAUUUCAAAAAAAAAACUCACUGUUACUUGGCCAUUAGAUAUUCUGAGAUUGCUAGCUUAGUAUUUCUUUACAGUGCUUUUUUUACCAAUUACAAAUACUUUGGUUGAUAUAUAAAAGUGUUCAGCUGAUUCAACAGGGACGCUUGUACUUAAUAACUAUGAUUUUACUUUUCUAGAUGUCAUAUGCUACAGGGGAUGGCAUAUAGUUCAUGUUGUUAUAUGUGAAUUUUUCAAUCUUAUUUACAUUUCUUUCGCUUUUUUAAUUGCUUACACUUACUUUGAGCCCAUGAUGACUGUAGGAGAUAGAAAAGCGAGAUAAGAUUCUAGAGGAGAAACAACACUAAUUGCUAACAAAAUUAUUGGAACCCUCAUUUUAACAUUCUUUCCUUUAGGUGAUUCUUCAUAUUAUUGGUGGAUUAUUCUAUGUAUAUUCAUUCCCUCAAUUCCUUUAUGGUGGGCCUAUAACAUAGAAGAUCCUUACUAUGAUCCAUAUGUAGCAAGAUUUUAUUAGAUAAUCACAACAUAUUAUCUAUGGACAAACACUAAUUUAUUUUUAUGUAAGCUUUUUGGAUCUUCGUAUACAGGAGGAUUAAUUGCUUGGGGUAUUGGAUUGCCAUUCAUUAUUCUUAUUAUGAUAUAUUCUAAUAGAAAUAGAAUUAACACUUUAAUUAAGAAUUAAAUAAAGUUUACAAGCGGUGAGCAAAUUUAAGCUCAUAUUAAAUAAGUCUUGUAACUUAUUGAUUACUACAAGACAGAUAUUAACUCAAAAAUACUCUUAAUUGGUUAUAUUGAAAAGCAUAAAGAAAUAUGCUUGGAAGAAGAUUGCUACUUGAAAAUGAAAAAAUCUAAAAAGAAAUCAAAGGAAAAUUAAAAUGAGAUGGAAGAAGCCUGUCUAAAUCUUAUUAAAGAGUUAAAUAGAGUUUAUCUAAAUGGUGUCAAAAAAUUUCCUGCUUCUACUAAGCUAAGAAUUAGUUAUGCCUUUUUCUUGACAGAAAGAAUGAAAAGAAAAGAUCUAGCUUACGAGUAAUUUGAUAUUGCAGGAAGAACAAAACCAUCUUUCGAUUAAGAAUUUAUUAUUUAUCGUUUCAAAAAAAUGUACGAGGAAAACUAAGGCAAUGAUAAUGAUGGAGAAGACGGUGAUGACGAUAUAAUUUAAUAAAUUCAAUUUGAUUCUGCUCUGUAAUUGUGUGAAGAAUACAUGAAAAGAGCUCUUGUUAUGCACAAAGAAUUUUGGUAGGAACUAAAAGAAGAAAAUCCAUCUCUUUCAAAGCUUAACAUAAUAGGCAGUAAAAUUAGUUAGACUGUUUUUUAGGUAAAAGAAUAGAUGAACACUAUGCUUAAAAUAAGGGAAGAUAUUCCUAAAAUUCUAAAGAUAUUUGGUCAGUUUUUUAUCUACGUUUUGAAUGAGAAAGAAUCUGGAUUAGAGCUAAUUAAAAAAGCUAAAGAAUAAAUUGUGGUUGGCAAAGAAAAAGAAAAAGAUGGAAAAGACGGAAAUUACAAUUACAAGGAUAACCCCAUACCCUACCUUUUGGUAAAUAAUGGACACAAGUAUGAGGUAGGAUAGAUAAUUGAUUUGAAUUCUCUUUUCUCAAUACAUUUUGGAUAUCAAAGAGAAGAGCUUAUAGGCAAACAGGUUGAAAUAAUAAUCCCUCAACUGAUUUCUUAAUACCAUUAACAAAUAAUGAUAACUUACUACGAGAACAUAUAACUUGGAUAAGUAGAAAGUAAUUACAUUAAUGAACCUUAGCAAAGAUUUGGUAAAAAUAGAAAUGGCUAUAUAUUCCCUAUUCAGUAUAAAGUAAUUCCGCUCAAUGAUGAAAUGAGCCGUUAUGUUGUAGAAUUUCAAACAAGUUAAGUCAAAAAGAGCACAGCUGUAAUAUUUACAGAUGAAGAAGGAACUAUAAAAGAUAUCACUCCAUUUUGUAUUUUCUUAUUUGGUCUUGAUUCAAGCACAAUAAAAAAAUAAAAAUCUAAAAUUGAAACCAUAAUUCCAGAUUGGAAGAACAUAUAGAAUUACAAUUAGAGAAAAGGUAAAGAAAUAUGCUCAAGUGUUAAGCAAAUUGAUGGAAGCACACUAUAGAAUUACUCUAACUGCUAGAUUACAUAAAUUGUAAUUACUAUGAGUGUUCCUGAUGAAGAAGAUGAUGAUAUUCUAAUUUAGAAGCCUUAGCUUAUAGGGUAUUGCUUCAGAUUCGAGAAGAUUGAAAAAAAUGAUAAAAGCACUCACAACACAACCAAAAAUUCUCAAAGACACAACAACUCAAACUCAGACUAAAAAAGUAUCCAUGAUGAUUUGAUGAACUAAAACAAAAUAGAUGAUGUACAUACUCUAAAUGCAUCUAUUAAUUCUCCGCUAAUAAAACAAGCAUUUUCUUCUCCUAAUCAAUUUUCAAAUGUAUUUGAGUAGAAUCUUAACUAAUAAACUUUAGCUCAAAAAGAUGAAAUUCGAGAAUAACAUGAAUAAAAUUCUACAGACGUUUUGGUUUCGCAUACUUAAUUUAAAUCUACUUAGCUAAAUUAACAGCUAAUUGCGAAAUCUGAUAAUUUAAACACAUACAGAAUAUCCAAUAUUUCUAAAAUGAUUGUUGAUUUGAUGAAGCCUCCACAGCUCGAUGAUUUUGAAUUUAAUGAUGAUGACUUUAAUUAAGAUGAUAAUGAUAUAGAAAUCACAAAUAGGAUUAAUUAUGGCAUAGGAAUAAGAACAAAGCGUUUGUGGAAUAACAAGUUAGAAUAUUUAGGAGAGCACAAUUCUUCUGACGAAGAAGAAGAGGAAGAUGAUCUAGAAAAUAGUGUCUUUGCUAACUAGUUUGCUGAUAAGUUUGAGAAUGUAGAAGAUGAACAUAUUUUUAACUAGAAGAACUCCUUUUAAACUAUUAAAUAAGCUCUAAGCUCUGACUAUGAUCACUUGAGUAUAAAAUGCUUUGGCUUUGUUAGUUUCGUUUGGGUAGGUAUUUUGUUUGGUCUGAGUAUAUACUAGUAUUUGUUUAGUUCUAAUUUAAUCAAUGGAUACUAUGAUUACCUAGUUGGAAUUAAGUAUUUCAAUGAUAGGCUGUUUUCAAUAAACAACAUAGUUUCAAAAACAUUUGAUUUAGUUAAUUUAAAUACAUAUCCUGAGAUGGUAAGCUAGUUAAAUUAAACAGAAAUUACUUUAGAAAUGUAAAACUCCAUUAAUAACAUUAUCGGUAUAACUACUAAUAUGAGUGACUCUUCUUAUUCAUUUUUUGAUUAAUAAUAAUUUGAUUAGCCUCUUGAGAUUUAUAUUUUCUACAGUUAAUAAGAUAAAUUAAUCAAAAAUUAAUCUGUAACAAAUGCUAUUUUCACAAUAAAUUCAUUAGCUCAACAAUUAUCUCAGUAGCCACUAUCUUAAAUUAGUUUAAAUAAUCCUAACAUCUAUACAAUUAUUUACAAUUUCUUUAAUACAAUAUACUACAACCAGAGAUCACUUUCUUAAUAAAUUUACUAAAAUAUUAGCAAUCAAAUUAACUCAGUUGAUAUUGUAAUGAUAAUCAUCCUGGCUGUCACUUUCAUAAUCACCUCUCUAUCAGUUUAUCUGUUUAUUAUUUUUACAGUAGUUAUUAAAGAAUAAAAAGAAAGUGUGCUUUUCUUUUUCCUCGAAAUACCGAUCAAUAAUAUUAAUUACUUUUAUAAGCAUUGUGAGAAAUUUAUGGAUUCUUUUACUUCUUUGCGAGAUGCUAUGAACGAAAAAGACAAUGCCAAAGAUGAUUCAUCUGAUGAAGAAGAAGAAAAUAUUUAUUAAGGAAAUAAAAAUGAUGAUGAGGAGGAAGAUGAAAUGUAAACAACAAGAGAAGUAUCAUAAUAUAACUCUACUGAUAAUCUUGAUUAAAGCUCUGUAAAUUCAGCAAAAUCAAAUGAAUAACAAUUAUAGGAAGAACUUAUGAAAAAGAGAUAGAAAAUCAUUAAAAAAUAUAAAAAGCACAAAUUUAGAGGACAAGCUAUACUAAUAGCCAAAUACAUCUUCGUUUUGGUUUUAAGUCUUCUUUUCUCAAUUAUAAGUUAUGUGAAUUUGCUAUAACAAAAAGCUUAAAUAUAAUUCGUCUGGCCUUAAUUCUAUUCUGAUACUAUUUUGUAAAGCACUAUUGCAUAUUAUAUAAAUGUUCAAAAAAUGAUGCUUAUUUAACCAGACUUUCCAGUGUUAAGGCAUACUGCCGAAAGUACUGGGUUGCAAUAAUUAUAAUCUCUUCUAGGUACAAGAACAGGUUUGAUAGACUUCAACAAAGGACUACAAUCAUAAAGUAUUACCUUCUAAAAUAAUUACUACAACGUUUAUUAUGGAUCAGUAUGCUAAUUUUACAAUAAUCCUAAUUAUUCUCAGUGUAAUAUAACUGUUGAUCAGAACUUCCAGCUUGGCUUAUUUACAGUUGUCUAGGCUUAUUUUAAUAUACUAAAAACAAAUUUAAUUUAUUAUGAAGAAGGAAUAUAAUCAGCAGCUGAUAUUACUCACAGACAAAUUUUUAUAGAUGCAGACUCUUCUUUGUACAUUUAUUUCUAACCACUAUAGAAUUGGUUCCUGUAGUAUGAGAUGCAAUAUUGCUCAAACUAAUUUAACACCUCAUUAUCAAUCUAAUCUAUUUUGCUUGCAGUAUUUUUAGUUUGUCUCUUUUUUUCGUUUUUGUUCUUAAUUUUACGUGUGCUAACUUAAAAGUCAAUAGAGAUCAAUAGAACAAUUUAGAUGCUUAAUAUGAUUCCAUUUAAAGUUAUUAAAGAAAACAUUUCUAUUAGAAGAUUUUUAAGAAAUUUAAUAAAGCAAUAAGAUAAAACUAAAGUUUGA